AUGGCGAAAAAGUAUGAUUUUCUGUUCAAAUUGCUGCUCAUUGGGGAUAGUGGUGUUGGCAAAACAUGUCUGAUCAUUCGCUUCGCUGAGGAUAAUUUCAACUCCACCUACAUCUCAACUAUCGGCAUCGACUUUAAAGUUAAAACAAUUGAAGUGGACGGCAAGAAAGUGAAACUGCAAGUAUGGGACACGGCAGGCCAAGAGAGGUUCAAGACCAUCACCACAGCUUACUACAGAGGAGCCAUGGGCAUCAUUCUUGUGUAUGACAUCACAGAUGAGAAGUCCUUUGAAAACAUCCAGAACUGGAUGAAGAGCAUCAAAGAAAAUGCAUCAGCAGGGGUGAGUCGAAUGUUGCUCGGUAAUAAGUGUGACAUUGAGGCAAAACGGAAAGUUACUAAGGAGACAGGAGAAAAGCUGGCUAAGGAUCACGGCAUCAAGUUCUUUGAAACCAGCGCCAAGUCAAGUAUUAAUGUUGAGGAGUCCUUUCUGUCAUUGGCAAGAGACAUACUUCACAAAUCCAGCAAGAAACCCGGUCCCACGGGCCGAGAAGUGAAGAUCACCAGCAGCACACAGAAAAAAACCUCCAAAUGUACUCUUCUCUAG